AUUUUUUUUACUUUUUCCUCUCAGAAAAAACAAACAUCUUUUUGUUCUUUUUUUUUUUAUAUUUCUGUUACCGACCAUGUUGAGAUACACCACACAACUACUGAAACGACCAUUAUCUCAACAAUGUCAUCAUAACUUUAGUACAUCUACUGUAGUUGGGUCACAUAUUGGUCGUACACCUAUCUAUUAUCCUCAAGAAGUUACUCUGGAUCAUGAUCUUACACCAAUCCAAUUCCCUCGUAUUCCUUCUGAAUUGAAUAAUACCACACUCACAGUCAAGGGACCAUUGGGACAACUUCAAAUGCCAAUCAAGCCUUUUAUCAAACUAGAUUCAACUGUUGGAAAUAAUGAAGGAUCACAAGAAUCAGUAUUACAAGUGAAUGUCAAGGAUGCCACCAUCAAAGAACAACGAGCCAUGUGGGGAACAACUCGUAAUCUCAUUCGGAAUAUGAUUGUUGGUGUAUCUGAAGGUUAUCGUCUUCACUUACGUUUAGUUGGUGUUGGGUAUCGUGGUGUAUUGGAAAACAACAAUCGUAGUGUAUCUUUGAAAUUAGGUUAUUCUCAUCCUGUCGUUAUCGAUUUGCCUGAAGGUAUUACUUGUACUAUUCCUCAACCCAACAGACUUAUCUUACAAGGUAUUGAUCUUCAACAAGUUACUGAACUCGCCGCAAAGAUUCAACAAUGGAGAAAACCAGAACCAUAUAACCAAAAGGGUAUCUUUAUCAACGACGAAACUAUUAAGAAGAAGGAAGGAAAGAAGAAAUAGUUUACUCCCCACCUUCUCUUUACACACAUACAUACACAAUACUUUCCCUUUUUCUUUGUCUAUUUUUUUUCACUAUAAAUGUAUAUUUCCCAUAUUCUCUAUCAUUCUAUCUCACCCUAUUGAUCAUCAUUUAUCAUCUUUGUCAUAUUAGCUUAAUAGAAAUAAACAAAAUCAAUAAAAACUAUAGUAACGUUCACAUUAGGCGGUACUUCAAUUGGGAGGUACUUUUUUCCCAUUUUCUUGAAUA